CCACCGCGCCUUUUGCAGGCUUCCCAAGUGGCCAGGAGGCGUCCGCGGGACAGGCUCCCCCACAGCUGACUGACCGACCGGCCGCCACGCCUCCACUCCACCGAGAGAGGCAGGCCUGCGCGCCAGGAGAUCACGGCCUGCUACGGGGCGGCUCUGCCCUAUUUGGCAAGGGACGAAAGAGACGGACCGCCUCGGUCGGUGCCAUUGGCCGGGAACAUGGCGCUGAACAGGAACCAUUUGCCCGGUGGCGGUGUUGUCCCGCCCCACGGGGAAAGUAUUCUCAAGCACUGUAAAGAUGUGGAGCUGACUUUCUCUGAGAUUACUGGCAAUCCAGAGAUGUUCAAAGGCACUAAGAAAGGAAUGGUUUUUCUCACUCCUUAUCGGGUUAUUUUUGUGUCAAAAAGCAAAGACCCAAUGAUGUCUUUCAUGAUGCCAUUCCACUUGGUGAAGGGAUGCUCCAUUGAACAACCUGUCUUUUCUGCCAAUUAUAUCAAAGGAGUAAUACAAGCAGAACCGGGAGGUGGCUGGGAAGGUCAGGCUUCAUUUAAAAUGAGCUUUUUCAGUGGAGGUGCUGUAGAAUUUGGACAAAUGAUGUUCAAGCUUGCAAGUGAUGCUUCUAGAGGAGUACCAGCUCCGAGUUUUGGCUAUGGGUAUGCACCACCACCUUUUCCUGGUGCUUAUGGACCUCCACCAGGAAGCUACGUUAUGCCACAGCCAGCUUCUGGAGCCUAUAUUUAUAUGCCUGCACAAAUGAAUGGAUAUGGAGUUGCUCCGCAGCCUAUGGGAUAUCCAUAUGCACCUCCUCCAGGUGCAUAUCCACCACCUCCUGGGAUGAACUCCAUGUACAUGGCACCUCCUCCCCCAUAUCCUGGCCCUUCUGGUACUGGACCUUCAGCUCCCAUUGAUCCAGGACCUACAGCUCCUAGGACCUGGACAGAACCUGGGAUGCCAGGUGGCAAUAAAGCAGCAGAGGCAACUUCCAGUGCAUAUUAUAACCCAGCUAAUCCUCAUAAUGUUUACAUGCCUAUGGAUCAACCACCUCCUUAUGCACCACCUGAGGAAAAGAAGAACAACUAACAGGAGCCUCAGCGCCACUUUCUUAUGUUUCCUGACUUUGAAGAUUUUGCCGUUGCUGCUGCCUUGUUUUUUUUAAUCUCUAGACCAUCUUAUGUCAGUAGCAUGCAUAAUAUUGGAUGAUGUUACACCUGCUGUUACACUUUCACAAUGGCAAUACAAGAGCGGUGACAGUAGUACUUUAUAUGUUUUCUGUCCUGAGGGUAGGCUAUAACAAAACACUUUAAUGUGACACAGAUAUUCAUGAAGGAGCAUUUUGUUUUUCUGCAUCUCUGUAUGUUUAAUACCAUCUAUAUCUGCAUGGUAUUUUCACUCCUUGCUUUCUUCCAUUAUUCAUUAAUGCAGAUUAAUGAAUAACAGGGAAUUUUCAGAGACUUUUAUCUUUCCUGCAAAGUAGAAUGGAAGAAAGCUUUCCACUGAUUUCUAAAAAUUGAUAUCUGAAGAGGAAGGGAUGACAAGAAGAUCCAAAAGGUUAAUCAAUUCCUUUCUUCUCAGUAACUGUUGCUGCCUUCUGGUUUGCCACAUCCAACCAUGCUUUAAAGAUUUCAUUUUCUGCAAUAUUGGUUCUUUGUCCUUGCAGAAGGGUGCCAGGUAGAAAUAGUUUUACUGUAUCUACAUCUGAAGGAAUGCACAGCAGGUUUUUCUGCUUUCAAUUUGGCUGCAGGGUUUAUGUCUCUAAAACGUCUUUAUGUAUCUCUGUGUCUCUAAAACAUCAUCUGCCUGGUAUAAGAGUAGGGCAGCGAGUCUUACUCAAAUUAGGCCAAAUUAUCUGUCUGCCCUAACCAUACAGGAGAAAUAAAAUUGGAAUUGAAACCAUUUAUGUGAACUGGAACCAAAGAUUGGCUUUAUAACUGAGAGGACUAAAAUAAAAUGUAAUUUAGCAAACAACAUAAUACCUGAUCCAGAAAAAAACAUAUUGGUUAUUCUAAGAACAAGACUCAAUCUUUGAUCUGGAAAUCAAUUCUUUUCCAACUAGCAGCAGCUAAUACAAUACUAAAUGUUAUAUCUAAAAGGAAAAUACUUUUUUUCUGCUACAGAAAAUGGGAAUUUAUACACUGCUGUAUGUUGGUAAAGCCAGACAUAGAUGUCAAAGUAGUUUCUCUUUGUUUAGGCCUCUAUUUAGAUUUAGCUGAGCUACACCAUCAGGCCAGAGAUAAUGAGGUGGAAAAAUAUUAAAACUCCAAACAUGAGUAAGAAAUUAUAUUUGAUAAGAGUUCUGUAAUUAAAUGGUAUUGGAAGAGAAAACUAAAAAUAGUUUUUGUCCGAGCUAGAAAGAAGCAACCAAUAUUCUGGGUUAUGUUAAACUGUUAUUUAAUAAUGACUUAUCAUAUGUAUAUUCCUCUUAUAUUUGUUCUUAAAAGAACUAUUGUUCCACUAAUGUAGUGGAGAAUAUAAUUUGCAUAUAGGACAUCUCUUUUUUCUUCCUUGAUGUUAGGGCUUUUACUUCACAGAGAAAAAACUUGACAUACUGGUGUGUUAUGGAUACUCAUCUAUUUUCCCUUUAGUAAAUGAGAUAAUUAUACAGUAAAAAGUAUGAAAUAAACUUUUUUCUAACAAAUACCUUCAUUCUGAACACAAAAGCGUAACUGUUUUCCAUAACUAAAUAGCUAACUCUGUUUAUAUUAUUUUUGAAUUGCACUUUAAUACAGAAAUAUUGAAACUUU